UGUGUGUGUGUGUGUCAGUGGCGAAGAAGAUCGAUGAGCUGCAGGAGAUCCUGAAGAAGAAGGAUGAAGACAUGAGACGAAUGGAGGAGAGAUGCAAGAGAUACGUGGAGAAAGCUCGCACCGUCAUAAAGACUCUGGACCUCAAGCAGAAGUCUAACGCGGUUCCUGCUGAAGUUCAUGUGCUGAAGAGCCAGCUGACGGAGAAAGACAGAAAGAUGCAGCAUCUGGAGCAUGAUUUCGAGAGGACGCGCUCCAGACGCGACCAGGAGGAGAAGCUCAUCAUCUCAGCCUGGUACAACAUGGGAAUGGCUCUUCAUCAGAAGGUCUCCGGGUCGGGUUCGGGUCCGGCUCAGUCCUUCCUGGCCCAGCAGAGACAGUGGACACAAGCCCGCAGAGGCCUGUCCCGCCUGCAGCCCCGAUAAACCCAAACGCUGCACUUCUCUUUCAGCACUUUCUGUCUGUCUGUGAUCGUCCUGCUGAGGACGGAGAGAGGAUGCAUUUUGUGUGUUGUUUUUAGUUGAUCCAAACGUCAGUAUGUAGUUGAGUUUUAGUGUCAGUUAGCGCCAGAGUCACAUGAAAACUGAGUUUAAUGAAGUCGAUCAACCUUUGAUUCUUUUAAUGAUGUUUUUAAUGCUGUGCGAUAGGUUUGGGUGUUGUUCAGGGUUACGGUGCAUGUGAACGCACUUUACACACUCGGUGCCUUCAGCUGUCAAUCA